CUCAGGUCAAGGAAAUUGCUUCUGCUCGCAGACUGUCAGCCCGCCUUAACAAGAAAUGAACGGCGCCGCACGCACACUGGUAGCUGUAUCCUCACCGGUUUAUUAUUUCCUUUAAACAAGCCAUGAAGAACAUACUUGUACUCCUGGCUCUGCUGAGUGUCCGAACAAGCAAGGUGUGCUCUCAGCCCUAUGAGGCAGACUUGGACGGAAAAUGUCUCAACCCAACAAGAGAAUACAGAGUAGAUGACUCCAACCUGUGCUGCAAGAAAUGUCCCCCCGGACAACGUCUGAUACAGGAGUGCUCUCAAAAUACAGACAGUGUGUGUGAACCGUGUGAACAAGACCAGUACAUGGAGAGCUGGAAUUAUGCUCAGAACUGCUUCUCCUGUGUCAAGUGCAAAACAAAGAAAGGUCUGCUGUAUGGCAAGGUCUGCUCCUCCACCACAAGGUCCAGUUGUAUCUGCCAGUCUGGCAUGUAUUGCGAUAUGGGAUUUGAUGACCCAUACUGCACAGCAUGUCAAAAGUACAGCCCAUGCAGGGCUGGUUAUGGAGUGUCUGUGUCAGGGACGGCAAAUUCAAAUGUGAAGUGUACACGUUGCCCUGAUGGAACGUUCUCCGACACAAACUCCUACACUGACCCCUGUCGGCCGCACACAAAGUGUUAUGGGAAGGCAGUGGUACGGAACGGCAGCGCUACCUCAGACACAGUGUGUGAGAACACGGCGGCUGUUAUAUCAAAGCUGCCUCCAAGCAAAACAACAGGACAUCACCUUGACACUGUUCUGAUCUCCACUGCAAGUUCAAUAAAGAGCAAAGACACUACUAUGUCAGACUCCACACUGUCUGCCUGGCCAUCUGUUUCAGAGGAAGUAUCCAACCAUACAACAAAAAGUCUCCCGUCGCCCACAGAGUCUGGCAUUAACCUGGUUGCAGUGAUUGCUGGGAUCGUUGGAUCCGUUUUGCUUUUGUUUUUCAUCACUGUCCUUCUGGUAUUCCUUUGUAAGCCAGCCUGGAAGAAAGAUGUUGCGAGAUUUCAUCAUAAAUUAGAUGCAAAUGGAAACUGUGAGAGCGAUGAUAAACAGAUCAGUCAGAAUUUGGGAGAAACUCGGCUGACGUCAUUCACAGUCGGCUCAACAGAACAACAGUGUCUGUUGGAGAAUGUGGCAACCUGCAGUGACUACAAUCACUCUAUUGAAACUUUAACCAGAACAGACGACUGCAGCAGCCAGGAGGAGAUCGGCUCUUUGCAAUCCACCGCUGCCUUUAACAAUUCACACUGUGCUCUGUCAAGGCCCAUGACUUUAAUUUCCAAUGCGGAGCCUGUCACACCUCAGCCCAGUGUCCCGUCUCAGUCUCUCGCUCAGUCCUCCUCUCAGCCUACAAGCCCACAGAUCAUCAGCCCUGUGACCACCAGUCCUCACGUCAACGUCAACAUCACUUUCCACAUAGCGAACGGGUCAUGUGGCACGCCUGCUGUCGUACCCACAAAGUUGACAGAACCAGACUGUAACCUCCCCUUUGGAGAGGAAGAGGAGUCCUUCAGCAUCCCACAGCAAGAGGAUGGCAAACAGUCGUUAAUGUCAGUGCAGGACAGUACAGUGUGUGAAGAGUCACCUGCAUGAAAUUAGAAUUUAGGUUUACUUUGGUAUCAUGAAACAUUAGGUUGGCAUGUUUCUAUCAGAACAAGACAGGACAUUACAACACUGCCACACUGUGUAUAUGCAUAUAUGUAUAUAUUGAAUAUUGUAAAUAACUGUGUAAAUAUUGUUUCUUUCAAGGUCAAUUACAAAUAGUUGACAAUUAAAAAAGUGUAUAUAUUA